GCCGUCUGCUACACGUCCUCGAGUAUAAAUACCCCCUCAUUCUCCCCCAUCUUUCUUUCCUCAUCGCCACCAAUCGUUUCUACCUUCGCUUACAACAACAAAACCUCCGACAAUGGUCUCCGCCAAACUCGCUGCCCAGCUCCUCUUCGGUGCUGCCAUCAUUGGCAGUGCUUCCGCCUCUCCUCGUCUCAUGCUUAGGGGUGAGGACAAGUACAAGUACAAGACCACCACCUCCUCCAAGUACGAGGAAGACUGCUCUUCCAGCACCACCAAGUGGUACGAUGAUGACUGCACCUCGUCCUCCAGCUGCUCUCCUUCCACGGUGUGGUCUACUUGCACUGCCACCGUCACCCUGCCUCCUGUCAUUGUCACUACGACUACCACUUGGACGACUACUCCUAGUCACACUCCGAGCACCAAGACCAUUGGCUUCUGCUGGGAGACUCCGUUUACCAUCGUCCUCGUACUUGGAGGAGGUGGUGGAGGGGGUGGUGGUGCACUUGGUGGAGGUGGUGGAGGGGGUGGUGGUGCACUUGGUGGAAGUCGUGGUCUCGCUGCACUUGGUAGAGGUGGUGGAGGGGGUGGUGGUGCACUUGGUGGAAGUCGUGGUCUCGCUGCACUUGGUAGAGGUGGUGGAGGGGGUGGUCAUGCACGGCGUGCUGCUGCUGCUGCUGCUGCUGGAGCAGUCAUCGUCGUAGCACAAGGUAGGCUUCAAGAUCAAGACGUCAUGGUGGUACGUAAUAAUGAUGAUUAUGAGUAG